AUCGCAGCCGACUUACCUACCUUCGCUACGCAAGCUGGACAUGAUUCGGAUGGGGAUCCAAUCUAUGUUGGGCUAUGCCGAACAAGAGUCAGGCGUAUGGAGCGUGGGGCGGUGAAGAAGUGAACAAACGCGAUAUUGAAGUAUUGGCUGGCCACCACUACCCAUUGGAUUCCCGACGUGCAGUCAGCUAUGGUCAAACUAGGCUUGGUGAACCGUUGUAUGUGGGACGUGGUUAUCAUGCCAACAGUUUGACACCCGGCAAAGUUCACCUAUCGCACGGAUGUUUGUAUAUUGGUUAAAUGAUGUAAAUGUAAGCUCCUGGAAGUUGUACACAAUAUGAUAACGUAGAUAUAGAUAUAUAUUUUAUACAUACAAAUGUCAGUACAUACAAUAAAAUGUACAGAAAAACGAUUGACGAGAGAAUCGGAACCAAAGCGACCAAAGAAAAAUCUUUUUAAAAUUACAAUGUAUGUAUGUAGCUGUCAUAAAAC